AUGUCUGUGACAAGCAGGAAUGUAAACAAUUCAAACGAGCAGCGGAUUGUAAACUGUAGGAUUAAAUGUUUGUACAUAGACAAAGGUCGUUUUAAUAUAAUACCUUUUUAGCACAUGCUCUGAAUAACGGUUGAUACGUCACUGACCUCCGUUUGAAAAUGAUAUACCACAUCCCCUGGAUCUAUACACCAGUGCGGACUGUCCUGGCAAUUUGGCACCAGCUGACCAAAACUGAGAUCCCAGAGCUGGCCAAGUGCUCGGUGCUAAUGCGGGAUCGUAGCAGAGUGGAGGAUACAAUCCACUGUAUGCAGCGAGCAGGUGCAGGCAGCCUGCAGGUAAUCUCAGACUUCGACAUGACACUGACCAGAUUUGCUCACAACGGCAGGAGAGUUCCCACCACCCACAACAUCUUGGAUAACCAGUUGCUAAUUAAUGAAGACUGCACUAAAAAGAUGAGGGAGCUGUUGAACACUUAUUAUCCCAUAGAGAUCGAUGCUAGUCGGAGUGCUGAGGAGAAACUGCCUCUCAUGGUAGAGUGGUGGACAAAAGUCCAUGAGCUUCUGAUUCAGCAGAAGAUCAGGAAAGACAUGCUGACCCAGGCUGUGAAGGAGUCCAGUGCCAUGCUCAGGGAAGGGUACAAAGUAUUUUUUGACCAUCUGGCCAAACACCAGGUCCCUCUGUUGAUCCUCUCCGCUGGGGUCGGUGAUGUCUUGGAGGAGGUGAUUCGACAGAACCACGUCUUCCAUCCCAACGUCCACAUCAUCUCCAACUACAUGGACUUUGACCACACUGGGGUGCUGCGAGCCUUCAGAGGCCAGCUGAUUCACACCUUCAACAAAAGAGAAGGCGCUCUGUCACGUGCAGCCGGCCUCAGAGAGCUGCAGGGUCGACCCAAUGUGCUGCUGCUGGGAGACUCACUGGGAGACCUGACCAUGGCUGAUGGGGUCGCUGAGCCCCAGAACAUCCUCACCAUUGGCUUCCUCAAUGACCAGGUGGAGGAGAGGAAGGAGUCUUACAUCAACUCCUUUGACAUCGUCCUGGUGAAGGAUGAGACGAUGGACGUUCCAAAUGCCAUCCUAACGUACAUUACCUCAUCAAGAGACAACAAGUAAGACGCACAAAAAGGAGCAGGACUUAAUGGCAAAAUGCACGGGUGAACUCAUUUGCUGCACUGGACCGUCUCACAGCCUCACUGAUCUCAGGACAGGAUAUUUGAACAUUUGUGUGCACAGCGAGUUGUCAGUGGCGUAAAUCACACACACACACACACACACACACAGUCACUCCUUAUGCUGAGGGUUUUAUGUAUUUUUAAAGUCUGAGUUUUGACUUGUAUUCAUUGUAAUGCAGAGCAGAGGCUUAAAAAUGUAGUGUUCUGGUUUCACAGACAUGGCCUGGGCUUUGAGUGAAACUGUCUUCUAGAGCAGCAUCGGCCCGGCCACGUGCUACCUCAAUAUAACUCACUGAUCUGCCAGAACAUUAAAAACACAGACAGGCAAAGUUAAUAACAUUGAUCAUCCUGUUAAAGAUCCCGUGUUUGGCUGGGAAGCUUUGGGUCCUGGCAUUUAUACGGCUGUUAGUUUGACAUGUAACACUCAUCUUCUUAAGCCCAAGCACACACUCCUGUUACAGCAGCACUCUCCAGUCUCUCAGCAGGACUAUGCACUCCACCACACCACGCACAGCCUACAAACUCACAAGAUCCCAAUCUGACUGAGCUGAACCCACUGAGGUGCUAUCCCCGUAACCCACAGCAGAUCCUUUGGUUACAUAAGGUAGUGUUAAUGGUGCAGAUGACCUGUGUAUUAUUGGCAGCCCUCCUUCUUAAAAAAAAAAAAAAGAAAGAAAAAGUAAAACAAAAAACUCUUAAAUAUUUCAAUACUAAUAAUUACCCAGUGUUUUCUAAUUUUAUGUGACUCCAUUUAGGAAAAAGCUGUAUUUUAUGUGUACUGUAUGUUACCUUUGUGUACACUGUAAGUACUUGAAGUUCAAGUCUAAGCAUACUGUACAUACGAGUUUCUUCAUAGGGUGCAGCUAUGAUAGUGCAGCAGUCAGCCUUUAAGCUAUUUGUGUUUUAAAGGUUUUGAAUCUGUGACGGUGGAGACAAACACAAUAACACCAUGCUACGCUACACAAGUAUUUUACAGUGUGCGGUUACUGCAUGUUAAAUGUAGAAAAUGUAAGCUUGCUUUAAAUUUCUUAACGCAUUGCGCUCAAAGUUGUACAGAUGUACAUGGACUUCCUUGUAUGUGCUGGCUUUUUAAUUUAAAUGUACUGUAUAUAUAUUUUUGUUAAAUGCCAAGGGGAAAAAAGAUUUCCCCUUGAUUUUUUUAAAUUCUUAUUAACAAUGAUAAAGUAAUAAGACCACAUAAAUCUUGCAGAUUCUUAAAAAAAACUGAAUUACCACUGCUAAUAAUUUCAGGUUUAUGGUAAUAAGAUGAUAAUUCAAUAGACAGCUUUUCUGUCUAUUAGACAUGUCUAAUAAUUCCUUUAUUAAUAUAUAUUUUUAAAUUGGUAACAAUAGAUUUCAAGCAAUGGAAGCUAAAUCAGCACAUUUUAGUCUUAUCACAUGUGCAGGUGCUUUUCAAACAUUUUAAUAUUUUUCCUGUGUCCUUGUCUAUUUUAAAGAUUCCCAUUAAAGUUAUAGACUUUUUUUUGGUGCACAGUGCGGAGCUGCAACAUCAUGGUGAGGAAAUAAAAACAAACACAACUGAUUGUAGAAAAAACAUUUUCUUUUUCUUACAAACAUUUUAAUAAAUG